AUGAAUGAAGAGCUUGUGAUGGGUGGUGCUGGGAUGGACGUGGAGCUAGAUGAGAUCAGCUUUAGAAGCAAAGGCUUGGACGACAAGGUUCUAUGGCUCCGUUACAUUGCGAUCGUUCGUAGAGGAAGUGCGAAAGUCUUCAUUCACAAGCUCCCGGACAAGUUGACGGCUUCCGGACAAGGUGGAGGAGGCCCUUUGAGCAUCCAGGAGCUGAAGGAUACGAUCGUGAAUUCCGCAGGAGCCAGCCGAAUCGCCGUUGGCAGUGUCUGUCACACAGACAGUGCAAAGGCGUACAAGAAGCUGGACUCUGAAGAGCCAUUGCCAUGUUUGUACAAUGGAGCCUUGGGAGGACCUUCUUUUGCUCAUUUGAAACUGGCGCACAGCAACGUCCGACACAAGCCGCCCCACCCAGAGUUCACUCGAAAGUUCAAGCUCAAGAUCUUUGAUGGGCGACAAUGGGUGGAAGAGAUCAGGGUUGGGGGCACCCAAAAGUUGGAUGGGUUCUUUGCAACCUUUCGAAGAGAGGUCGGCAAGCGUCCCAUCAACACCACGGGGCCUUCUCCUGCUACGGCUGAGGCAAUGGAGACACAACUUCAUGAGCGAGUGCGCACCUUUCAGUUUUUGCAUUGGUUUUCCUUUACGGAUGCUUUUCAAGUCUUUGCGGAAAUGCGCAAGCUUGAGCGUGCUUCCGUUGGCUCCGUAACGUGGGCAAGCUUGGCUAGUUUUGGAAAGGGAAAGGCAAAGCCUUCCACUGCCCCUGAAACGAAAUCUGCAGAGGAGGUUCCUGCUGUUUUGGUGCCUCCUGCAGAAGAAUCGCCUCAGCCGCUUUCACUUUCCUGUGAUGAAGAGCACGAGCCAGUGUAUUCGGAAGGCGAGGACGUUCAAAGCGAACUUUUCGAUCCCGAAGAAGAAGAAGAGCUUAUUUUUGACAACAAAGGGAUCAGAGUCUUGAACUAG